GUAGCAUUGUCAUUCCGUAUCAUGAUUCUAUUAAUCGAACUCGAAAGUUAGUUUUGUUUACGUAGUAUGAGCGUUGAUUGUCUUAAAAAGUGUCGUAAAGUCGAUAAGAUAUCACACCUAAACAGCUUCAAAAUGUAUAUUAUGUUUAUAUUUGAAAUGAAGGAAGAUAUUUGGUACAAUAAAGUAUUCCAACCAUGUCUAAUGAGAUUUGCUUUACACUUCUGAAUUUAUUGCUAUAGUGUUAUUUGUGAUCAACAAUAAAAAUGUAUCCAAUAUCACCACCUGCUGCUCCAGGCUCAACAGCAAGUACCGCUGUUGGAGCGACUGGGGCAACUUCAGGGAACAUCGUAUCAUCGAAUACUCUUGGAGUUGUAUCUUCACAAACCCAUACGCCUCCUCAACCACCUGAUUUGCCAAUGUUCGCUUGUCCUCGCAGACCGAAUAUAGGACGUGAAGGUCGAGUUAUUGGUUUGAGAGCUAAUCAUUUUCAAAUAACUAUGCCUCGUGGAUAUGUUCAUCAUUAUGAUAUUAAUAUUCAACCUGAUAAAUGUCCAAGAAAAGUUAAUCGUGAAAUUAUUGAGACUAUGGUUCACGCCUACAGUAAAAUAUUUGGAACAUUAAAACCAGUUUUUGAUGGACGAAAUAACUUGUAUACAAGAGAUCCUUUACCUAUUGGUACCGAUAAAUUGGAAUUAGAGGUAAUUCUUCCCGGUGAGGGUAAAGAUCGAGUAUUUCGAGUUGUUAUCAAAUGGGUUGCUCAGGUAUCAUUAUUUGCACUUGAAGAAGCAUUAGAAGGUCGAACAAGACAGAUACCAUACGACGCGAUUCUUGCUUUAGAUGUAGUAAUGAGACAUCUUCCGUCAAUGACGUAUACUCCAGUCGGAAGAUCUUUUUUUAGCAGUCCUGAUGGUUAUUAUCAUCCACUUGGAGGUGGAAGAGAAGUUUGGUUUGGUUUUCAUCAAUCUGUUCGACCAUCGCAAUGGAAAAUGAUGCUUAAUAUUGAUGUUUCUGCUACUGCUUUUUAUAAAGCUCAACCAGUUAUAGAAUUUAUGUGCGAAGUCUUAGAUAUCCGAGAUAUAAAUGAACAGAAAAAACCUCUCACAGAUUCUCAAAGAGUUAAGUUCACAAAAGAAAUAAAGGGCUUAAAAAUUGAGAUUACCCAUUGUGGAACUAUGAGAAGAAAGUAUCGUGUUUGUAACGUUACUCGAAAACCAGCUCAAAUGCAGUCGUUUCCGCUUCAAUUAGAAAAUGGACAAACUGUUGAGUGUACGGUGUCUAAAUAUUUCUUAGAUAAAUAUAAAAUGAAACUUAGAUAUCCACAUUUACCAUGCUUGCAAGUUGGUCAAGAGCAUAAACAUACAUAUUUACCUCUUGAGGUAUGCAACAUAGUCGCUGGGCAAAGAUGUAUAAAAAAACUGACAGAUAUGCAGACAUCAACGAUGAUCAAAGCUACUGCUCGCUCAGCACCUGAUCGAGAAAGAGAAAUUAAUAAUUUGGUAAGACGAGCAGAUUUCAAUAAUGAUUCAUACGUUCAAGAAUUUGGUCUUACCAUCUCCAACAACAUGAUGGAAGUACGGGGAAGGAUACUGCCACCACCUAAAUUACAAUAUGGUGGCAGAGUUAGUUCACUUAGUGGUCAGACUAAACAGCAAGCAUUACCUAAUCAAGGAGUGUGGGACAUGAGAGGAAAACAAUUCUUCACAGGUGUAGAAAUAAGAGUAUGGGCAAUUGCUUGCUUUGCUCCACAAAGAACUUGCCGUGAAGAUGCUUUGCGUACUUUUACCUCUCAAUUGCAAAAAAUUAGUAAUGAUGCCGGAAUGCCGAUCCUUGGCCAGCCAUGUUUUUGUAAAUAUGCGACCGGUCCUGAUCAAGUUGAACCUAUGUUCAGAUAUUUGAAAUCAACUUUCCAAGCUUUGCAACUCGUUUGCGUAGUUUUACCAGGAAAAACUCCUGUUUACGCUGAAGUAAAACGUGUUGGUGAUACAUUAUUAGGGAUGGCUACCCAAUGUGUGCAGGCUAAAAACGUCAAUAAAACCUCACCACAGACUUUGUCCAAUUUAUGUUUGAAAAUCAAUGUGAAACUUGGUGGUAUCAAUAGCAUUUUAGUACCAAGUAUAAGACCAAAGGUUUUCAAUGAACCCGUAAUCUUCCUUGGAGCAGACGUUACACAUCCACCAGCAGGAGAUAACAAAAAACCCAGCAUUGCUGCGGUCGUAGGAAGCAUGGAUGCUCAUCCGUCUCGUUAUGCUGCUACCGUUCGAGUACAACAACAUCGACAAGAAAUAAUUCAAGAACUUAGCUCCAUGGUCAGAGAGUUGUUGAUCAUGUUUUAUAAAAGUACUGGAGGAUACAAACCGCAUAGAAUAAUACUUUAUCGAGAUGCAGUUUCUGAAGGUCAAUUUCUUCAUGUGCUUCAACACGAAUUAACAGCAAUACGAGAAGCAUGCAUUAAACUUGAAGCUGACUAUCGUCCUGGUAUAACUUUCAUUGUUGUUCAAAAAAGACAUCAUACUCGUCUUUUUUGCGCCGAUAAAAAAGAACAAAGUGGAAAAAGCGGAAAUAUACCUGCUGGAACUACAGUGGAUGUGUGUAUUACUCAUCCUACUGAAUUUGAUUUUUAUCUAUGCAGUCACCAAGGAAUUCAGGGAACGUCGAGACCAUCACACUAUCAUGUUCUUUGGGAUGAUAAUCAUUUCGAAAGUGAUGAGUUACAAUGUCUUACUUAUCAGUUAUGCCACACGUACGUAAGAUGUACAAGAUCUGUCAGUAUCCCUGCACCUGCAUAUUAUGCUCACUUGGUAGCUUUCCGUGCAAGGUAUCAUUUGGUGGAAAAAGAACAUGAUAGCGGAGAAGGAUCUCACCAAUCUGGCUGUAGUGAAGAUCGUACUCCUGGGGCAAUGGCAAGAGCAAUAACUGUACACGCUGAUACAAAGAGAGUUAUGUAUUUUGCCUAAUUUUAAGAUAUAUUGAUCUUCAUAGAAAACGUUUUUGUAUUAAUAAAACUUGUAAUUAUUUCCAAAAUAAUUUUUUAUGUUUAUCUUAAAAAAUAUUGUAA